AAGUAGCAAGUCAAUAGAAAUUAAACACAUAUACAGUUUCAAUUAUUAAAUUUUAACAAAAUAAAAAAUCUUAAUAGUUACUUGGUACUUAUAUAAUUUUUUAGGACCACUUAUGCUCAAGUCUUCAUUGAUUUGCCAUUUCAUGCAAGAUUCUACAUGGAAUCACUGUGUAGUUUUUUCUCGCUCUAAAACAGGAAGUCCAGCACUGCAUCAAUUUUAACAAGGAGGAAAAGACGUGUCUGUUCAAGUCUAUUACCGUGUGGAGCCUCAUAACCAUGUAAGCAAUCAACAUCCUUAUCUUGCUUUCCAUUCUAAAUUCUUAUUGUAAGUCUGAGGUUUUUGGUUCUUCUGAGAUGUACUAUGGCUGAAUCAAUCUACAAAGAUGAAGAAGAAGGGAUUUAUCAGAUGCACAAUAGGGUAGAUGGCUUCAAUCAGAAGGUUACCAACGUGGAACGUGUAAUCCUCCUUGUGAACUUCUUCUUAGAGCUUCCAUCAGCUGUUCUUGAUCAACUAUCCUCUGAGCGUAAGCCCAAAUAUGCACUACUUAGUAUGCUUAUGUCUUUCACAGUCUUGAUCAUUUCGAUCAUUGAUCUUGUUUACAAAGGUCGGAAAGAAAGAGUUACUUGGAUGAAGAGGGGGUUGAUACCUUGGUUUUAUUUCCCAUAUCCAAAUCACAAAGCUUUUGGGACAUUUCCUGAUAUUGUAGGAAUUGUUUGUGCCAUCUUUCAAUGUGUUUCUACUUCAAUAGCUUAUGCAUUUUUGUCUCAGCAUGCUCAUAAUCCUAUGAACAUAAAUGUUUGGCCUGUAGUCUUUGCCUCUGGUCUAUUGUUUUCUAGAUUCUCUGGGAAUCCUCCACAGAGAAGGCCAACCCCGCUUGUAAGGAGACUGCAACCUGCAGUUACAGCAGAGAAAUUUACUGUGGCUCAACUUGCUGCAGCCACCAAUUUUUUCUCACCAGAAAACAAAAUUGGUGCAGGUAACUUUGCAAUUGUUUAUAAAGGGGAAUUAUCAGAUGGUCGUGAAGUGGCAGUCAAGAGAGGGAACAGAGGUCAAAAGCUGAUGAACUUUCAGGGGGAAAGGACUCUAUCUGAAUUGGCAUCCUUGUCAAGGAUUUACCACAAGCAUUUGGUUAGGCCUGUUGGGUAUUGUGAAGAUAGGGAUGAGAGGCUUGUAGUUUACGAGUACAUGGAGAAUGGAUCUUUACAUGAUCAUUUACAUGACAAGACCAAUAAUGAAAAGAAUAGUACCAUUAUCAAUUCCUGGAAAAUGAGGAUCAAGAUUGCAUUAGAUGCUGCCAGAGGAAUUGAAUAUCUUCACAACUCAGCAAUCCCAACCAUCAUUCACAGAGAUAUCAAGUCUUCUAACAUAUUGCUUGACUCGAAUUGGACAGCAAGAGUUUCUGAUUUCGGAUUGUCAUUGAUGAUUCCUGAAUCUAAACCUGAUUACAGGCCAAUGAUGGCAGUAGGAACAGCUGGUUACAUUGAUCCUGAGUACUAUUAUUUGAACGUAUUAACUACAAAAAGUGAUGUGUAUUCUCUUGGUGUGGUAUUACUAGAACUUCUGACAGGGAAAACAGCUGUAUUCAAGGACACUGAUAAUGGAGGCACGCCAAAAAAAUUAGUGGAUUUUGCAGUGCCUAAAAUUGCGAUUGGUGAGUUGGUUAAGGUAUUGGACGCCAGGGUCAGACCGCCAGAGCUUAAUGAAGCAGAGGCAGUGGAGUUGGUGGCAUACACUGCACUUCAUUGUGUGAACUUGGUAGGGCUAGAAAGGCCAACUACGAGUAACAUUGUUGCUAACUUGGAGCGAGCAUUGUCUCUCUUUGAUGCUAGUAUGAAAGAGUAUUGACACGGGAGGAGAAGCAAACCAGUCAUUUGGUUUUAUAUAUAAGUUAGAAGAAUUAGAUGUGUAUAAGUUUCAAUUUAUUGUACUUUAUAAUUAGAUUUGUACUUUUCUAGUUAUAGGAUUUCAGUUUCAUUUACAAUUUUAAUA